CCAAGUAUUCCAGGAAGUUGACUGGUGUCCUUACUCACAUGUUGGACUAUUGGUCUAUGUAUCUGGAGACAUACAGCAAAAUGAUUGUUUCCUGAGAAGAGGCCUUUUUGGAAGCCAGAAGACAAUAAGAGUCAGGAUGGCUUUACCAAAGGCAGUAGGAUACUUAGUUGUUCUUGUGGUUAUAUGCUACAGUCUGGAGGAUCAGGGCUACACACAGUCUCUGGAUUUAUCCUUUGAGGAAUUGAUGAGUACAAACGCACCACACAUUCAUGCCAGAGAAAAAAGAGCGACUACCUUAAAUUCCUCUGAUUAUGUCCUCCAAGUUGUUCUAAACAUCUCUGACCUGGAGCACCUCCGAACGCUUUUAAACACGUUCAGUCCUGUGCUCAUCAACAACACUGUUGAAAUUAACAGCAUUGCCGCAACAACAGUGUGUUCACCAAAUACGACUGGAUACCAGUGCAGAUGUGAGCCGAGUUUUGCUUGGUCAUAUAACAGCUGCAUUGACUAUGGAGCCUGUGAUGCGAUCAUCGAUGACACAUGUGGAUGCAUUAAUGGGCUUCCAGCUGACGGCCAGUACUGCCAGCUAAACACCAGUCUCUCAGACGUUACAUAUGACAUUGAUCUAGUCCUGGAAUUGCGUAUCCCAGUCUCCAGUGUGCCAUCAUAUUUCAUUGAACUAUUCAGGAACACUGUGAGAAGUGUCUCGCUCCCCUACACCAUCAAUCAGUCUUUAAAAGUGAUAGGUUUAAAUUUCACCACAGGGUGCUAUCCAAACUCCACUGGAGGACUGCAGUGUCACUGUGAAGAGCAGUUUGCUUGGUCAUGUGACCAGUGCAACAUCUAUGGUGCGUGCAGCAAUGCCACCAGCCAAACCUGUGGGUGCAUAAAUGGACUUCCGUCUGAUGGAGCGCUCUGUGAACCAAUCACAAAUGUCACACCGUGUCCAACCCCCACUCCUAACGUUACAUAUGACAUUGAUCUAGUCCUGGAGUUGCGUAUCCCAGUCUCCAGUGUGCCAUCAUAUUUCAUUGAACUAUUCAGGAACACUGUGAGAAGUGUCUCGCUCCCCUACACCAUCAAUCAGUCUUUAAAAGUGAUAGGUUUAAAUUUCACCACAGGUUGCUAUCCAAACUCCACUGGAGGACUGCAGUGUCACUGUGAAGAGCAGUUUGCUUGGUCAUGUGACAAGUGCAACAUCUACGGUGCGUGCAGCAAUGCCACCAGCCAAACCUGUGGGUGCAUAAAUGGACUUCCGUCUGAUGGAGCGCUCUGUGAACCAAUCACAAAUGUCACACCGUGUCCAACCCCCACUCCUAACGUUACAUAUGACAUUGAUCUAGUCCUGGAAUUGCGUAUCCCAGUCUCCAGUGUGCCAUCAUAUUUCAUUGAACUAUUCAGGAACACUGUGAGAAGUGUCUUGCUCCCCUACACCAUCAAUCAGUCUUUAAAAGUGAUAGGUUUAAAUUUCACCACAGGUUGCUAUCCAAACUCCACUGGAGGACUGCAGUGUCACUGCGAAGAGCAGUUUGCUUGGUCAUGUGACAAGUGCAACAUCUACGGUGCGUGCAGCAAUGCCACCAGCCAAACCUGUGGGUGCAUAAAUGGACUUCCGUCUGAUGGAGCGCUCUGUGAACCAAUCACAAAUGUCACACCGUGUCCAACCCCCACUCCUAACGUUACAUAUGACAUUGAUCUAGUCCUGGAGUUGCGUAUCCCAGUCUCCAGUGUGCCAUCAUAUUUCAUUGAACUAUUCAGGAACACUGUGAGAAGUGUCUCGCUCCCCUACACCAUCAAUCAGUCUUUAAAAGUGAUAGGUUUAAAUUUCACCACAGGUUGCUAUCCAAACUCCACUGGAGGACUGCAGUGUCACUGCGAAGAGCAGUUUGCUUGGUCAUGUGACCAGUGCAACAUCUACGGUGCGUGCAGCAAUGCCACCAGCCAAACCUGUGGGUGCAUAAAUGGACUUCCGUCUGAUGGAGCGCUCUGUGAACCAAUCACAAAUGUCACACCGUGUCCAACCCCCACUCCUAACGUUACAUAUGACAUUGAUCUAGUCCUGGAAUUGCGUAUCCCAGUCUCCAGUGUGCCAUCAUAUUUCAUUGAACUAUUCAGGAACACUGUGAGAAGUGUCUUGCUCCCCUACACCAUCAAUCAGUCUUUAAAAGUGAUAGGUUUAAAUUUCACCACAGGUUGCUAUCCAAACUCCACUGGAGGACUGCAGUGUCACUGCGAAGAGCAGUUUGCUUGGUCAUGUGACAAGUGCAACAUCUACGGUGCGUGCAGCAAUGCCACCAGCCAAACCUGUGGGUGCAUAAAUGGACUUCCGUCUGAUGGAGCGCUCUGUGAACCAAUCACAAAUGUCACACCGUGUCCAACCCCCACUCCUAACGUUACAUAUGACAUUGAUCUAGUCCUGGAAUUGCGUAUCCCAGUCUCCAGUGUGCCAUCAUAUUUCAUUGAACUAUUCAGGAACACUGUGAGAAGUGUCUUGCUCCCCUACACCAUCAAUCAGUCUUUAAAAGUGAUAGGUUUAAAUUUCACCACAGGUUGCUAUCCAAACUCCACUGGAGGACUGCAGUGUCACUGUGAAGAGCAGUUUGCUUGGUCAUGUGACAGUGCAACAUCUACGGUGCGUGCAGCAAUGCCACCAGCCAAACCUGUGGGUGCAUAAAUGGACUUCCGUCUGAUGGAGCGCUCUGUGAACCAAUCACAAAUGUCACACCGUGUCCAACCCCCACUCCUAACGUUACAUAUGACAUUGAUCUAGUCCUGGAAUUGCGUAUCCCAGUCUCCAGUGUGCCAUCAUAUUUCAUUGAACUAUUCAGGAACACUGUGAGAAGUGUCUUGCUCCCCUA